CCUCCUCUCGGUGCAUCCCUUCACUUGUAGACAUAACAGUCUCACUUUGUUGCCUCUGUGUCUGACGAGGUGUGAACCCCGAAGGAACUGACACCCGCCUCCAACUCUUCCUCUUCCUCCUCCUCCUCCUCCUCCUCCUCAUCGCGCUGCCGCAGCAGCCAACGCGAGCCCUUGAUGAGGGGAGCAAUUUCCGUGCAUCCCUGGAAACACACUCACAUGCAGAUGUGGAGCCUUUUGGAUGCAAGUGCUUCACAGGAAACAAUGACAGGCUACCUGCUGACGGCAAUCUUUCUCCUGCCCCUGGUGGCCUCUGAGUCUGAGCACUGUAUAAUAAAGCGUGAACAUGAGAAAUGUAUGGAGAUGAUGGCAACGCACAACCCAGAUGGCACUGAAUUCAUGUGUCCAUGGAUGUGGGACAACCUGACCUGCUGGCAGGCAGCUAAUGUGGGCGAGGUUGUGGUGGUCAACUGUCCUGAGCUUUUUCAUGACUUCAUGACCCCUGAGGAUGAAAUUGGGAAGGUCAGCCGAAACUGUACUGAGUACGGCUGGUCUGAGCCUUUUCCUCACUAUGUGGACAUCUGCCUCCUCUAUGACAACACUACCAAACCUGACGCAUACUAUGCAUCAGUCAAAGCCCUGUACACAGUUGGAUACAGCACAUCGUUGGUGUCUCUGACCACAGCAAUGGUCAUUCUCUGCAGAUUCAGGAAGCUCCACUGCACCAGGAACUUCAUUCACAUGAAUCUGUUUGUCUCCUUCAUCCUGAGAGCCAUUUCAGUCUUCAUUAAGGAUGGCGUGCUGUAUGCUCAGGAAGACAGCGACCACUGCUUUGUACACACAGUGGCAUGUAAAGCAGUAAUGAUUUUCUUCCAUUACUGUGUCAUGUCCAACUAUUUCUGGCUCUUUAUUGAGGGUCUAUAUCUCUUUACUCUCUUGGUGGAAACCUUCUUUCCUGAGAGACGCUACUUCUACUGGUAUACAAUUGUAGGGUGGGGAACUCCCACCAUCUGUGUGACCGUGUGGGCCGUUCUCAGGCUCCAUUUUAAUGACACUGGAUGCUGGGAUACAAAUGAAAACACUGCCCUCUGGUGGGUGAUUAAAGGACCAGUUGUUGCCUCAAUAAUGAUCAAUUUCAUUCUCUUCAUUGGAAUUAUCAUCAUCCUGGUGCAGAAGCUGCAGUCUCCUGAUAUCGGAGGGAAUGAAUCAAGCAUUUAUCUCAGCUGUGCUCAGAAAUGCUUCAGUGAGCCCACACAGGCUGUUCAGCAUUCGUGCAGGAUGUCAGAGUUAUCCACCAUCACACUUCGUCUGGCACGCUCCACCCUUCUGCUCAUCCCCUUGUUUGGUAUUCACUACACUGUGUUCGCCUUCUCCCCUGAGGAUGUCAGCCAGAGGGAAAGACUGGUCUUUGAACUGGGGCUUGGAUCCUUCCAGGGCUUUGUGGUAGCUGUCCUCUACUGUUUCCUCAAUGGAGAGGUGCAAUCGGAGAUAAAGAGAAAAUGGCGCAGCUGGACAGUGAACCGCUACUUUGCUGUGGACCUGAAGCAGCAGAGGCACCCUUCGUUGGCCAGCAGUGGUGUGAAUGGCGGGACGCAGCUGUCGAUCCUCAGUAAGAGCAGCUCCCAGAUACGCAUGUCCAGCCCACUGGCAGAGAAUGCCAAUAUCAGCCUACCAACCUGAGCGUCUGAUUGUUCGAAGUCAAAUUUAAGGUGCCGUUCCACUUACAUUAGACCAACCAGAGCAGACCAAAGUGGCCCCUCACACCUCUAAUAUUUUGUACUUUUCUCCUGUAGAAAAGGAAUAGCAUUUACCAGAGGUGCUCAGCAGGCUUUCAUACUUUACUGUUUUAUUUAGUUACACAGCAUUAUUUUAUCUAUCUGGCUAAUUUAGUGCUAUAGUACACACUCUAGUCUGUAAAUAUUAAUGAUUAUUGAUGCACCUUAUCAGUUUAGGCUAAUCUAAAUGCAAUUCUGUUAUUCAAUUCUCACUGCAAAGUGUUCAAGAUAUAUCCCUGUCUAUUGUUACAUCAACCAAUAAGGCUCAAGUAGAGCUGGUGCCAAAAGAAAUUAUAUCAACUGUAAACAACAACAAAAAAUGUUGGUAGUUCAGUAGGGGUCACAUUUGGCUGUUGGUGUAAAGUAAAUGUGCUUCAAAGUGCCGAUACAGGUUGCCUGACUGGAUCUCAUUACGCCCAAAGGUAAUUAUCACACAUAUUUUCGCCUUGCUUGUACAAAUGCUCAUUGUUUGAAUGAUUUGUCUUUUCUACAACCAGCCGUAAGUACAGAGUAUGUCAAGAAAAAAAUAUAUACAAAAAAAGGAGAGAGAGCUGGUGGAUUUUGUAAAUAGUUUCUUUCAGUGUCUGAAUCAGAAGUUAUCUGUUUAGCAAAACACAGUAUUGUAACAACCUUUUCAAACAAAAGGAACUGGAGCCCAAAUCUGUAGACUUCAUAAUUUAUCCUGGGGACCCAAUGGAUCCUGCCUUCUCUAUUCUGGACUACAUCACUGAAAGAAAUAGGAAAUAAAAUAUAAUCCCUGAAAACUGGAAAAAAAAACAGUGUUUCGCUACCUGGGAGUCACAAUCAUGAGGGACUCGAUGUGUUACAUGGCACAUUAGCAUAGCUUUGUAAAAUACAGAAUCAUGUUACAUAUUCAGGCCUAAAACAUCCCAAUACAAAAGAAAACAAAAAACACAAAACUCUGAGUUAAUUUAAACUGGGUUUCUUCUGCUGGUUGUCACCUUUAUGGACUUAUCAGACACAUUUUUCCCACUGUGAACAUGAACAGUGUGUGCCAUCCACUCAAUGCUUUUGUCCAAAGCUCUUCUUACGGUCCUUCCAGCAGUAUUUCAGUGUAGUGACUCUCAAACUGCCAACAUAUUGAGCUUCAGCUUGUUGUGCCAUAUUAAAUAGCUCCUCUCAAAACUGUGUUAUCAUUUUCCCAGUUCAUUUUCCAAAGUGCCUAGUCAGUCAUAAACAGCUAUAACCUUUAUUUACAGUACAGUGAGCAAAUGAUUUAAAGAGUGUCGUGAGACACAUUUUCUGCAAAGAAGUGUGAUGUGGUUAUUUUUGCGGAUGGCUAAAUUUUGCUUGUGUGCAACAAAACAUCAUGGUGAAAUUCAGCUUUUUCGGAUUUAAAUAACUUACAAUGUGAAGAGUCCUGUUGGUCUUCUUUCCAUUUUUAAAAGAAAAUGUAUAGUGUUACAUAAUUUAACUGGUUAAUUCAGCUCUUUUUUAAAUAAUCAGCUGCAACUAUUAACCAUUUAUUGUGAAAAUGGCUUAAAACAGAAACAUUACAUGUUUGAAAAGUCAAAACAAAAGGCUUUAAUUUAUCAGCUCUUGACAAUCGCUUAUUGUGUGUUGCUUUAGCGUGUGUGUAUUUGUGCAGAAACAAGCCAACAAGUAAUAAUUGUCCAGGUGGAAAUCAUAUUUGAGCAGAUUAUUUGUGAAAAGAUGUGUACAGGAGAAGUUUGCCAUCAUAAUUACUUAAGAUAUUUAUUUUUGUUCCUUCACCCAUUUGGGUUGUCAGAAUGUACUAUUUUUAAACUAAUAAUUCUGAUGUUAUCGAACAGAUAAGGAUGUAUAAUUAUUUUCCAUGAAUUGUGCCAUGUGAAAUAAGAACAUGUACACCAUACAAGCUUUUUGUCUGUGUAAAAUAGCUGCUUGACUGAUGUCUGAUUCCAUUAUCUUUACUGACUGAUGCUGACUUGGUCAAAGUACUAAGUGUGGUGUCCUAAGAGAUGACAGAUGUUUGGCAAAAUAUCGAAUCUAUUCUGACUUUAAAGAAAGAAUACAAACAUGUAAAUUGCUAUAAAAGCUGGAGAAAGAGAUUCAAAUUCUAUAGUUGCUCAAUGUAAAGUUUACGUUAAAUUGCAUCCGUUUUUGAAUAAAAUUGUGAGGUGAAAGGCAAAUUAUUGUCAGGGGAAAGGAGCCCGUGAGAAUGAUUGUAUAUAAACGGGAAGAUUUUGCCAAAAAAACUCAACAAAAAACUCAAAGUGUGAAUGAGGUUGUGAUAAAAACCACUCUGCUGCUGCUUACGUGUUUCUAUCACCAGCCGUCACUCUGAGUCAAAAUGGGCUCAGAUGGAAACGACCAUGUCUCAAAGCUGUUACUGUAUGUAAAAAAAGAAGAGUUGAAAACUCCUUUCAUGACCAUGUUUGUGCUGUGUAUUUGUUUACCACAAGGUGGCAGCAAAGUCUAGUAGUUUAAGUGAGUAAACUUAUUUUAAAAAUCAUUUAUUUUUCCAAAAAAAUAUUAUAUUUUCAGUUUGUAAUGAAAUGGUUGUAGGAAUGAGUACCACAACAUUUUAAUUCCACACUAUCAUUGUUUUUUUUAUUUUUAAUUGACAUAAAUUACCUGACAAACAUUAUAUUACAUUUUAGAUGAGGCUUAAUUUAAAAAAAAAGCUGGUGAUUUUGUCAUUAUAUGUUCUCCUAAUUUCACAAAAAAAUUUAUUAAUUGUUUUUAAGUUAAGAAUAUUAACUUUCUGAGGGGAGGGAAUUUAGAAAACUUAUUGUUGUGUUUAAACUACACUGAACACUUAAAACAGAAUUCUGGCUAAGAGAACCAGGAUCUGUAGUCCAUGCACCAGAAUAUACUGUGACAUGUCAUGUUUACUGUAAACCACGGGUACCUGUCAUCUCAUAGCUUCUUAGUCAAGAGACAUUGCGACCAAUUCAUCCCAACAGACUUUUUAAAAGAGGUUAGAGGAUUGUGAAAGGCAGUAUAAUAAUAAUAAUAAUAAUAAUAAUAAUAAUAAUAAUUAGAGCUGUUUUUAUUUAUUUAGUGCUUCAGCUAAGACGCAAUGUUGCCCAAACCAAAGGAAAUAAAAAGGGAAGAGAAAAAAUAAAUAAAAAGAAACUACACCGUUGCAAAGCCUGGAACUGAGGUGUGGAAACAAAAACUACAGAGCAAAAAAAGCAAAAUGUCUGAUUUAGACCACCACCACCCCUCCAGUUUUUAAUCUCUGCUUGUUGAGGGCACCUUUGCUGAAUAAUGUACCAGUGAUUUGCAGAAAUAUCAUUAAUGUUUUACUCCAGCCAUUAGGUUGCUCUCUUCAAAUGCCUCAACAUGAUUGUAGUAGGAAAGGAGCAAUAUGCCGCGAAGCAAACACCUCUGAAACAUAUCCAAGUAGUGGCAAGCUACUAUUUCUCUCAAAGUUUCCCUUGUGUAGUUUUAUGAUGUCUGCCUCCUCCAUCUCUUAUUUGGGGCACUGGUUGUGCAUGUCCUCUUAAAUAAAGCUACAUGUACACAAAAUGCAAAAUGGAACUGACUAGUAGGUGGUGACAUUCUUCAUUUAAGGAUUAAUAAACAUCUGUGAUACAACAACUGUCACGUUUUUUGCUGUGAACUUAACUUUAGCCAAACAUUAACCCGGUUCAUUAUUAAUAUUUUUUUUUAGCCUGGAUUUCUUUUAUGGUCAGGGUUAACUGAUGUGCACCUCAGUGGUAUUUUUCAGUAGCAAGGAAAGUACACAGCCUCAAUAAUGCCAUCAAAAGAGCAAGUUACUUACCAUAUACAGUAUGUGAGCCAAAAGUUAUUUUUAACCUUGCAUUAGCAUAGUAUAUGCAACUAAACGUUACACUGCCUUGUAUGGGAACUUAUACUGUUCUAUCUGCAUAAGGUGCAUGUAGGGUUAAUUUCUGAGGAUAUGCAUAACCUGUGCAGAUUUUUUUUAACUGUCCAUUUAAAUAAACAGGAUACACAAAGUUGCUAUUAGAAACCCUCCUCUUACUUUUGACCAAAUGCCAUCAAAUGGAGUCGCAUUUACUAUCCUCACAAGGGGAGUUUAUAUGUGCACACUCUCCUGUUUCACAAGAGGGAAUCCACUUGUAAACACUAUGACCCUAUUAAAUUCACCAUUAUUCACAAGCUCACAAGUUUUAUUAAAAGCAGCAUAUCAAUUUCUUGUCUCUGAUAGUAGUACUUACUUUUAUUUUAAAAUUAGUUAGUAGUAUCUAGUUAUAUUUUUCCUGUAGCCAGUAGAUUAAAAAUAAAAAAUAAAAAAAAGCUAGGUUCCCAUUUACUCCACUUAUAGCAUCAAUGUCACCUGAUUCUCAAGGGGAAAAAAAGAGAAAUAAAUAAAUAAAUGACAGUAUUCCCAAACUGUCAAUGCUCUUGUUUAAAACGUAUUUUCUGUGAUGCAUUCUGUAUCUCUGUGUUAAGAAAAUGUUUCUUCGGCGGUUGUGGCUUUUAAGCCAGUUUGGUCAAGUCUGUGUGUGAGUUCUACUGAUUGCCAAUGAAUUUCUGAAUGUACAAUUAUUGUUACUUAGCUGCUCUUAAAUGUUGCCUGCUAUCAAUUUACCCCGGUGUACAAAUGAUGUCUUUUCCUUAUCACAUAUGAUGUAUAUUUUUGGCAUACAGGUGGAUCUCUUGACUAAGGUCUAUAAUGUUUGUGACAGUGUUUUUGUACAUUUGUUUAUGUACCAGUUUUCAGAGUGAGUGUUUGAGAAUCAGAGAGAGUGUAUUCUGUAUGCAUGUCUACGUAAUAAUGGGCACUAUAUGAAAAAAAUAUGUAAAGAUUUUCAUCAUCCUAUGCUCUAAUGAGACCGUGUUUCAUGUGUAAGCGUUCUGAUGUCCAACAUCCAUGUUCCUAAGUGUGCAAAUUGCUAAAUAAAUCUGUGGUAAGUUGCUGUA